AGAGUGAGUGAGUGUGAGUGCGGAGUGGGGUGGUGGCCGUUACGUUCGGGGUAACGGCUACGGCAGUGGAGAAGUAAGAAGAGAAACAACGUCCGGCGCUUCCGCCUUCGCUUAGUAGGAGGAGCUGGUAGGGAAAGGAAAGUGAUUCGCCCUGGGCCGCGAGUAGACCGAGUCGGGUCGGUGGGGGUCUGGGCUAUGAGCCUUUGAGGGUCGGCUGGGACGCGGAGCGAGACACUAGAGCCGAGAGCUAUGUCUCAGCCGCCGCCGCCGCCUCCGUUGCCGCCGCCACCUCCUCCCCCUGAGGCUCCGCAGACUCCGCCGUCCCUGGCGGCGGCGGCUGCUCCGGGGGGCCUCGCGAAGCGGCGAGACCGGAGAAUCCUUUCCGGGAGCUGCCCGGAUCCGAAGUGCCAGGCGCGUUUGUUCUUCCCGGCCUCCGGUUCUGUCAGCAUCGAGUGUACCGAGUGCGGACAGCGGCACGAGCAGCAACAGCUGCUGGGGGUGGAGGAGGUGACCGACCCCGACGUAGUGCUACACAACCUGCUGCGGAACGCGCUGCUCGGGGUGACGGGGGCACCCAAGAAGAACACGGAACUGGUAAAGGUGAUGGGCCUUUCUAACUACCACUGUAAAUUGUUGUCGCCCAUAUUAGCUCGCUAUGGAAUGGACAAACAGACAGGCCGGGCUAAGCUUCUCCGGGACAUGAACCAGGGAGAACUGUUCGAUUGCUCUUUACUGGGUGACCGCGCCUUCCUCAUAGAACCAGAGCACGUUAACACGGUGGGUUAUGGCAAGGAUCGCUCUGGAAGCCUCCUGUAUUUGCAUGACACUCUGGAGGACAUCAAGCGGGCCAAUAAAAGUCAGGAAUGCCUUAUUCCAGUGCAUGUGGAUGGGGAUGGACACUGCCUGGUGCAUGCAGUGUCUCGAGCUCUUGUAGGCCGUGAGCUUUUCUGGCAUGCCUUGAGAGAGAAUCUUAAACAGCACUUUCAGCAGCACCUGGCCCGAUAUCAAGCCCUGUUCCAUGAUUUCAUUGAUGCUGCUGAAUGGGAGGACAUUAUCAACGAAUGUGAUCCUCUUUUUGUACCACCUGAGGGUGUUCCCUUGGGCCUGAGGAAUAUCCAUAUAUUUGGCCUUGCCAAUGUGUUACAUCGCCCUAUUAUUCUAUUAGAUUCUCUCAGUGGCAUGAGAAGUUCAGGUGAUUAUUCAGCCACCUUUCUGCCUGGACUCAUCCCUGCAGAGAAGUGCACUGGGAGAGAUGGUCAUUUGAACAAACCCAUCUGUAUUGCAUGGAGUAGCUCUGGUAGAAACCAUUAUAUCCCCUUGGUAGGCAUAAAAGGGGCUGCUUUGCCCAAACUGCCUAUGAAUUUGCUUCCUAAAGCAUGGGGUGUGCCUCAGGACCUUAUUAAAAAGUACAUCAAACUUGAGGAGGAUGGUGGUUGUGUUAUUGGAGGAGACAGAAGUUUGCAAGAUAAAUACUUGCUUAGGCUUGUUGCUGCUAUGGAAGAAGUCUUUAUGGACAAACAUGGUAUUCAUCCUAGUUUGGUUGCUGAUGUUCAUCAGUAUUUCUAUAGAAGGACUGGGGUGAUAGGAGUUCAGCCUGAAGAAGUCACAGCAGCCGCUAAAAAAGCAGUAAUGGAUAAUCGCCUUCACAAAUGUUUGCUCUGUGGUGCCCUUUCUGAACUUCAUGUUCCUCCAGAGUGGUUGGCUCCAGGAGGGAAACUGUAUAACCUGGCAAAAAGUACUCAUGGACAGCUGAGGCCUGACAAAAAUUAUAGCUUUCCCUUGAACAAUUUGGUUUGCUCAUAUGAUUCAAUUAAAGAUGUUUUAGUACCAGACUAUGGACUGAGUAAUCUAACAGCUUGUAAUUGGUGCCAUGGCACAUCUGUGCGAAGGGUCAGAGGAGAUGGUUCUAUUGUUUAUUUGGAUGGAGACAGAACUAAUUCUAAGUCCACAGGUGGCAAAUGUGGUUGUGGAUUCAAACACUUUUGGGAUGGUAAAGAAUAUGACAAUCUACCAGAAGCUUUCCCUAUUACUUUGGAAUGGGGUGGAAGAGUGGUCAGAGAAACAGUGUAUUGGUUCCAGUAUGAAAGUGAUUCAUCUUUGAAUAGUAAUGUUUAUGAUGUAGCAAUGAAACUUGUUACCAAGCACUUUCCAGGUGAAUUUGGGAGCGAGAUCCUGGUUCAGAAAGUUGUCCACACUAUAUUACAUCAGACUGCCAAAAAGAAUCCUGAUGAUUAUACUCCUGUAAAUAUAGAUGGUGCUCAUGCCCAAAGAGUUGGAGAUAUACAAGGACAAGAAUCAGAGUCUCAGCUCCCAACUAAAAUUAUUCUUACUGGGCAGAAAACAAAAACUUUGCACAAGGAGGAGUUAAACAUGAGUAAAACGGAAAGAACUAUUCAACAGAACAUUACAGAACAGGCUUCUGUAAUGCAGAAACGCAAAACAGAGAAGUUAAAGCAAGAACAAAAAGGGCAGCCCAGGACUGUUUCUCCUAGUACCAUUCGUGAUGGUCCAUCCUCUGCACCUGCUACCCCUACCAAAGCUCCCUAUUCACCUACAACUUCUAAAGAGAAGAAGAUCCGUAUAACAACUAAUGAUGGACGACAGUCCAUGGUUACACUUAAGUCUUCAACAACCUUUUUUGAACUUCAGGAAAGUAUAGCCAGAGAAUUCAACAUUCCUCCGUAUUUACAGUGUAUUCGAUAUGGCUUUCCUCCUAAAGAGUUAAUGCCACCACAGGCAGGAAUGGAAAAGGAGCCAGUUCCUUUACAGCAUGGUGACAGAAUUACAAUUGAGAUUCUAAAAAGUAAAGCUGAAGGUGGUCAGUCUGCUGCAGCACACUCAGCUCACACUGUGAAACAAGAAGAUAUUGCUGCUACUGGUAAAUUGUCAUCUAAAGAACUUCAAGAGCAAGCCGACAAAGAAAUGUACUCCUUGUGUCUUCUGGCAACGUUAAUGGGAGAAGAUGUAUGGUCUUACGCAAAGGGACUUCCUCAUAUGUUUCAGCAAGGUGGUGUAUUCUACAAUAUCAUGAAGAAAACCAUGGGUAUGGCUGAUGGCAAGCAUUGUACUUUCCCACAUCUGCCUGGCAAAACCUUUGUCUAUAAUGCUUCUGAAGAUAGACUGGAGUUGUGUGUGGAUGCUGCAGGACAUUUCCCCAUUGGUCCUGAUGUUGAAGAUUUAGUUAAAGAGGCUGUAAGUCAGGUUCGAGCAGAGGCCACUACAAGAAGUAGGGAAUCGAGUCCCUCCCAUGGGCUAUUAAAACUAGGUAGUGGUGGAGUAGUGAAAAAGAAAUCUGAGCAGCUUCAUAAUGUAACUGCCUUUCAAGGAAAAGGGCAUUCUCUAGGAACAGCAUCUGGUAACUCACACCUUGAUCCAAGAGCUAGGGAACCUCCAGUUGUAAGAAAGCAUAAUACAGGGACAGACUUUAGUAAUAGUUCCACUAAAACAGAGCCUCCAGCAUACACAACUACUUCCAGUAACAAUGAGCUUAUUCGAAUAGCUCCUGGAGUAGUAACAAUGAGAGACAGCAGGCAGAUUGAUCCUGAUUUGGUUGAGGCCCAGCGAAAAAAAUUGCAGGAAAUGGUUUCUUCUAUUCAGGCUUCAAUGGACAAGCAUUUGCGGGAUCAAAGUACAGAGCAGUCUCCAUCUGAUCUUCCUCAAAAGAAAGUAGAAGUUGUGAGUUCUUCUGCAAAGUCUGGAAGUCUUCAGACUGGCUUACCUGAAUCUUUUUCUUUAACUGGUGGCACUGAAAAUUUGAAUACAGAAACAACUGAAGGCUGUGUGGCAGAUGUACUGGGAGCAGCAUUUGCCGCCAGGUCAAAAGCACAAAAGGGAAAUUCUGUGGAGGAGCCUGAAGAGAUGGAUAGUCAAGAUGCUGACAUGAAUAAUACAACUGAGCCAAUGGAUCACUCUUGAUUUAAUUAGAGGCUAAUAAAGGCAGAAUGUUUAUUGUGAAUAUGUAAUAUUUGUUGGCUGGGCCACGUAACUUGAUUAGUCAUUAAAAAUCUUGUACGUAUAUAAUACAAAGAUUAUAUCUUGUUAUUCAGUGCAUGAUAGCAAGUGUGUGAUUGGCAAUAGCUUUUAAUAUACUGCUGCCCAGGCUGGCUCUGAAUUUCAAUAAAUUAGUUACUAGAUCUGCUGAGAUGAGUUUCUUCCAUAUAUGUGGUUCAUUGGAAGUUCUUUGUAAUUUUAAUUCCAUGAAAGUCUUAAUGUUUCAAACAUGAAAAUUGCCUUGCUAAAUAUGUUUGACUUCUGCAAAGUCUAGAAAUGAGGGGAAAUGAGAUUUUACUAAUGUUCUGGUCAUCAAGGCAACAGUCCCACGUGUUUAUUAGAGUGUCAAAGAUUUAUGUAAAUUUGUAAAUUAUCUGAACGAAAGUGUAUCUUAAAAUUCAUAAAAUGGUUAGUGGGAUGUUGAAACAUUUCAGUGAACGCAAACACAUUCAUAGAGAUAAGUAUUCUUGGCAAAAAUAUCUUGAGAAUAGAGUGUAACGAUAAAUUUUGCUGAUUUGAGCAAGGUUGGGGAAAAAUAUCUAUUCUAGAAUAAUAAAGUCAAUGUGAUUCAGUUGUGUUGCUGUCUGAGCCAACAUAGCCAAUUGUGUGCUCUAUUGUUGAUAAUAUGUUACCAUUAUUUUUUGAAUCCUGGCCUGGUCAAGUACUAUCUAAUUUUUUUUUAAUCUUGCAGAAAAGUUGAUUGCAAUGUGUGGUAGAAAAAGAAAUAAUGGUAGCAGUAGUUAAUCUUUAAUUUUCAAAGUUCGUCAGAUUCACAGAGAAUUUAUAAAUAAGAAUUUAUCUUUAUGAAUGAGUUACAUUGUUCUGCAGUUUCGAUCAAUGGUAUUUAAGCCUGUAUAUGCUAAGUGUUUUUGAGCCCCUUUGAACCAGAAAUGUUUCCUUUUUUUCUUAAGAGUCCAUAAGAUUUUCUUUAUUUUUGGCUUCACUCGGGUUUGGAUGCAAAUUUUAACUGCAUCAUACCCUGAUCAACUGGGCAUUUGCUUAAAUAGUGUAUUCAUCAAAUCUUCAGUGCCAGUUUCCUUGAGAAGCAGCCUUCAUGCUUAUUUCUUCAAGACAAAUAGUGUUUUUCCUGAUAUUGGUGGUAUUGCACUAUUUUAGUCUAUUUUGCAAUUCUGUAUUCUGAAAUGCACAUUUCAACUCAUCUUCUUCCUCUGUUCACUAAAAUUAAGUUGAAUUUGAAUGGAUGAAAGACAAAAAUGUAUGUUAAUACAAUCUCUUACCUAGAGCAAAGCCUGGCUGUCUCUGUUUGCACAUGUAACAGAUGCAGAACUGUAUUUGCAAUUCUAAGAAAAUGUACAUCCAAAAGUAUUUUAUCAGGUAUUUAAAAAUCUCUACCUGUUGAUUCGUAAGGGAUAUGGACAGUACUUUAACUUGUUUUUCCAGAUCAGGGAUGUUUUGGUCUUCUUUCUGUGAAAGUAUCUCUAACUGAAUCUGCUUGUUAAAUGAACUCCAUUUUGAAUGAGGAAAGAAUGGAAAAUCUAGACAUUUUACAAAUGUAUCUGAGCAAGAUAUAUAUAUAUUUGAGUUAGUUUUUAUCAUAUUAUCACAAAUUUUUCUUUAUACUAUCUCCAUUCUUACUAAAUUUACUUUCAAGCAUCUUUCUCUGUAUCAAAAUAGUAGGAAAAUUUAGAUACUAUAUAUUGUGUACUAGUUUUGCAUAAAGUAAGAGCUGCAGCUAUCAGAUAAUAUUUACUACUUAGUAAAGGUGGCUUCUGUGUAUUAAACUAGAAAUUACAAAUAUCACUUCACUAACCACUAUAAUUUUUUUGGCUUUUUCGGCCACUGAAACUUUUUUUUUACAUUUAAGUACAGAAAAAAUGUAAAACGUUUUUAAAAAUUAAGUACCGUUUAAUAAGCAAAAAUUGCACUGCUUCCAAGUAAAUGAUAUAAUCACCUUUUCUUUAACAAAUAUUUUCAUUAUCUGUGGCUUGGUAUGUUUGGUUAAUAACUGAUAAAUAGAACCUCAGAGCAUUAAAGUAAAAAUAUCAGAAACAAAUUUUAUCUCCCUAUUAAAUACUGACAUUUAGUGUAAAUGAGAUACACAUGUCAAUGGAGAUGGGCUUAAUCUCUGAAAACACUAUUAAUUUUUCUAGCCACAGCAAUGCUGUUUAAAUGCCAAGUUAGGUAUGAAUAGUACCAUAACAGUUUGGGUUCUCCCUUAAUAAAACAUAAAAGGCUCUAUUCUGAGAAGUGAUCAGAUUUCUUGAAAUUAUUUUAAAUCAGUUGAAAAUUUGGUUUGGGUAAUUAAUGGUUUUUGAGAAGUGGCCAGGUAACAUCCUCACCAGGAAGUUUUAGAACAGGGUUUAAGUAUUAUCCUUUGUCCUUCCAUAUGGUUAUAACUAAACAUGACUACAAAAUGAUUAUUUUUUUAGUACUACCAUAUGUAAUAUUGCACUUGGAGUCCAAGCUAGAUAUCUCAAAUCCGUUAAAAUAUUUUUUUAGCCCUAGAUGUAACAUUAUAAUAACUAUAAUUCAAUCCAAUAAUUAAAUUCUAUUUGUAGUGUUUCACUGAACAUUGAAAUAAAGUUGUAAAUUUUUUUCUUCGGUAAUUUGUGCUAUAGUUAAUCAUACCAAGUUUUAGUUGAUAACCCAAAGGCUAAGUAAUAUCGAAGAUGGUGUAUGAGUGAGUACUGGUAAUGAGAAAUUAGUUGAAGAGUAUAAGACACUGCCAAAUACUAUGAGAUAAGAUAUAGUUAACUCCAAGAGAAUACUCAAGAACUAGUUCAAGAGCAAGCCUAAGGCCCAUUUCCCCCCUUUUCACUGCAUUGCAGGUAUUUUCUUGAAAAAUGUUAGGGUAGAGGCCUGUGAAAUUUAGCAAAUGCAGUUGACUGAAAUUUGCUUUAUGUCUUCUGAUGAUUUUUAGUUUGAUUUUUACAGUCAAGCCUAUUGCUUGCAAUUAAGAUACCUGAAAUGCAUCUGUGGUUCCUGGCCACAAACCCUUAUUGCAAUUAUUUUUAAGUAACUUCAUUAUGGUCUCUUACCUCAGGGAAGAUCACUUGCUAGCAACUCAUACUAUUAAUGACAAGUUUUUGAGAAUUAUACUGAUAUAUCACAUUAGCUACUAAAUGCUAAAUUUAUAUAACAGUAAUGUUUUAUGUAGUUAACUACUGAUACUGUCUGCCAGUGAAUAUUUCUAUAAAUAUCUAGAGCUCACUAAGAACUAACCAUUGGGCAUGAAAUAAAACUUUUAACAACUGUCAUUAAUUAUACUCUAGCUGAUCAAUAUAAUGGCAAUAUCAUAAAAAUUUCAGUGUAUCAAUUUUCAGCAGUAAUUUUAAUUGGUCCAUAUUUAAAAUACUGCAGCACAGAUUUUGAGUUUCAUGGUUUUCAAAGCAAGGUUUCCAUUGUAAGAUUUUCAUAAAAGGAAAGGCUUUACAAACUGUAUUAAAAUCCACUCAUCUUAAUCUGAAUUUAAAAUGGCCUUUUAUAAUAGUAGUAGUGAGAUACUUGGUCUAAAUAAGUUGGGUAGACAUAGACUGCCUUUCAAGAUUAUCAUACAAUUUAACAAGAUCAUACCACUUCAAGACUCUUCACGAUAAUUUUUCAAACCAGAACUAUUCACAUUAAAAUAUACGCCAUAGUAGAAUGUAUAUUUAAGAAAUAAAAGGGGAGCUAUAUCACCACUAAGUUCUAGAGUUAAUUGCAAGUUCUACCAUUCUUGAUAAUUCUUCGAGAUAGUGUUUCAGUUCACAUUUAAUGGUACUUAAAUCGUGGGGCUUUUAAUAUUUGUUCCAAAAUAGCAGAAAUUGUAAAAAUUGUGAAUUAUUGGAGAAAAUGCCAUUACUUGUAUAUCUGACAUUUAAAUUUUUAAAUUAUGGAGUCUACAUGCUUUUGUAGUAUAAUAUUAAUACAAUGAUUAUUCUCUUGUAAAAGAAAAGAAAAAUUAGUAAAGAAAAAAGUUUUAGUUGAUGUUAUUUGCUUGUGAGUAUCAAUUACUUAGCUUUUUAAAUUUUAAGGUAUUGCAUACUUUUUAGAAUGGAGAAGUCCCUUCCUGAACCUUUAUGCCUGUGGUAGAGCAAUAAAAGACUGAAAAGGUUAUCAACAUUUUCAGGUUUACUUGACUAAGAAUUAGUGCCAAGAAGGGGAGAAUCUACUUUCAGAGGGAAAUGCUAUUUAGAAUUUGUAAAAACAAGUGGUAAUAGUAUAAAUAUUUAGAAAAAUUAAAUAGCAAAUGCUUUCACUGCUCAAUAAAAUAGAAUAGAUGUUAUAUCAUCCUUAAGGCACUGACUGUUGCCCAUUCUUUUAUGAUCUUGUGAUUGCUGUAUACAUUUGAGUAAUGAAUAAUUGGUAAUAGUGUAUUAUAAUGGUGUAUAGUGUUCUACAGCACACCUUACUGUACUAUAUUUGAAGUUUUCUUUUAUAUCAAUAAUAAAACUACUAAGUUAAGGCUCGGCGCCUGUGGCUCAAGCGGCUGAGGUGCCAGCCACAUACACCUGAGCUGGCAGGUUCGAAUCCAGCCCAGACCCACCAAACAACAAUGAUGGCUGCAACCAAAAAAUAGCUGGGUGUUGUGGCAGGCGCCUGUAGUCCCACCUACUUGGGAGGCGGAAGCAGGAGAAUUGCUUGAGCCCAGGAGUUGGAGGUUGCUGUGAGCUGUGAUGCCAUAGCACUCUACCCAGGGUGACAGCUUGAGGCUCUGUCUCAAAAAAAACAACUACUAAGUUAAUAUAUACAGAUUUUCCUCCUCAACUCCACAUUAGCUUUUAAAAGUAAUUUUAUAUUCUUUAGGUUUCCUGGAAUUAUACCUUAAUAUUAUAAUGAUGAAAAUAUAGUUCAGUUUUAUAAAAUGAUAGUGUAAUAAAGAUUUUUUUUAAACUUCCUUGCCGGGUGUGGUGGCUCACGCCUGUAAUCCUAGCACUCUGGGAGGCUGAGGUGGGUGGAUUGCUUGAGCUCAGGAGUUGGGAGACCAGCCUAAGAAAGAGGAAGACCCCAUCUGUACUAAAAAUAGAAAAACUAGCAGGGCAUCAUGGCAGGUUCUGUAGUCCCAACUACUUUGGAGGCUGAGGCAAAGAGGUUCUCUUGAAUCCAGAAUUUUGAAUUUGCCGUGAGCCAUGAUGACGCCACAAUACUCUACCCAGGGCAACAGAUUGAGACUCUGUCUCUAAAAUAAAAAUAAACUUUCUUAAGUGAGUUAUACAUGAACAGUAAUUUCUCUCAAUGCUAGAUGAAAUGGACCCCAUUAGAAAAGGAUGAGCACAAUUUCAUAAUACAUAUUACAAAAUGGGGUCAUAAUGCUUAAUAAAUAUUUAAAAGCAAGGCAAGUUCUAAUAAGGAACUUGAUUUUAUGAUAGGUUAAAAAAAAUGAAGGGAUAUAUAUUACUAUUAAACUACAUUCGUAUAGUUUAGCAAUCAAAAUCUACAUUUGCUUUCAAGUUUUAGUACAUAUGACUCUAGUUAGAAUGUAGACUGGGAUGCCAGACUUCUAGGUCUGAGGCUUGACGUGCUGUUUACUGUGUGCCUAUUCUGCGCUUCAGUUUCCUGUCAAAGAAUAAGAACAUCCACUCUUAGGGUUGUUGUACUAAAUGAGUUAACAUAUAACUGUUGAUUAGAACAGUGCCUGACAAAUAGUAAACACUUAAAUAUUUGUUAUUGUUAUAUGUCAAAGUAAUGUAAAUUUCACUUGCCAUUUAAGUGGGCUUAAUUCUCACAGGGUAUAUUUAUUUAAAUAUUUUGUUAACAUCUAAAACUUGUUUUACUUUUGGCAUAUAAUUAGUAUACUAAAAAUUGGAUGGUUGUAUUUUCAAAUAUUUAUGCAAGGGCUUUCUGAGCACAUGGAACAUCGAGAAUCUGGAGAAAUGACAGUGCACUCUCUGACCCAAGGCAAAUCAUGGAGCUUUUCAAGGCCUCCAUUUCUUUUUUUUAUUUUAAUUUAUUUAUUUAUUUAUUUUUUAAGGCCUCCAUUUCUACUGUAACCUUGUGGUUUCACAGUUUAUCCUUCUGUUCUAGUGCCCACGUCAUCAUGGUCUCACUUGGUAAGGGAAUAACGCUGAUGGCAUAGGUGACAUUGAUGUGAGCUCCAAGUAAAUGACACAUAAUUACCUUUGCUUUAAGCUUAGGCUACAGUUGUCCCAAACUUGGACUUUAGGUCUUGUACAUGCAUGCAUUGGUCAUCAAGAUAGGACUCAAAACUCUGAUAAAUGAGAUAAAUAUCCUACUGAGAAGAGCUCAUUAUAGAUUUUAUUGUUAUCGACUGGCUCUUUUAGACCCCAGUAACUGCAAUUCUGACUGGAUAAUUAAUUAUUUCUAAUCAUUAAAAAUGUAUAUAGAACAACUGAA